AUGGGGAAGACGGAGGGUCCUGACAGCCUUCUCUCAGCCAGAGCUUUAAGGAGCAGCUCGACUGCACAAAUAACUGCCUGGCAGCAUGCAGCCAAGCAGGAGGAGACAACACCUCCUCGAGGUCUCCUCUUCUCAAUUUCCAAGCACAGUGCUAAGACAAUAUCUGCUAGAAAACGUGACAAGGAGGAUCGAGCUUUCCAGCGCUUUUUUCUCCUGUUGGGAAUUCCAGGGCUAGAAGCUGUGCACCUGUGGGUUGCUUUUCCAUGGUGUGUUGUGUAUGUGACUGCCUUACUGGGAAAUGUCGCAGUUCUUUCUGUGGUUCAGGCAGAACGUAACCCCCAUCAGCCCAUGUCCUUCCUGGCCAUUCUGUCGUCUAUGGACCUGGGCCUGGCCACAUCCACCAUCCCCAAGAGGCUUGGCAUCUUCUGGCUCCAUCUGAGAGAAAGCUCCUUUGGGGGCUGCCUCACCCCGAUGGUCUGCAUCCCCCUCUGCACGGGCAUGGAGUCGGCUGAGCCCGUGGCCACGGCCUAUGACUGCCACGUGGCCAUCUGUCACCGUCUUCACCACACACGGGUGCUGACAGACAAGGUGCUAUCAGCCAUGGCACUGACCAUCCUCCUUAGACCUUUGUCCUCUGUAAUCCCCUUUGUUCCACUCAUCCUAAGGUUACCCUUCUGUGGACCCCGAAUUAUCGCUCACACUUACUGGGAGCACAUGGGCAUCGCCCGUCUGCCCUGUGCCAGCAUCAGGGCCAACAUCGUCUAUGGCUCAUGCGCCAUCUCUUUUGGUUUUGACAUCAUAGCCAUCGUCACCUCCUAUGUCCAGAUCCUCCGUGCUGUCUACUGCCUACCGUCCAGGGAUGCCCGGCUAAAGGCACUCAGUACAUGUGGCUCCCACGUCUGUGUCAUGUUGGCUUUCUACCCGGCAUUUUUCUCCUUCAUGACCCACCGUUUCGGCCAAAACAUUCCUCAAUACACCCACACUCUCCUUGCCAACAUCUACGUUGUCAUCCCACCUGCUCUCAACCCUGCUAUUUACGGGAUCAGGACCAAGCAGAUAAGAGAAAGGGUAAUCAGAAUUUUCAGAAAUAAAUUAUGA